UAUAUAUAUAUAUAUAUAUAUAUUAUUACUUCCCUCCCUGAACAGGCGAUUGGUUAUAAUUCUGCUUUUACCUAGAAUCAAGACAGAACAAUACUAGACAGACAUUUAGCAUUUGUUAACCUUGAGAUCUCAUAUACGGAAAUCAAUAAUCAAGGUUUCUUAAUCGCAUCAUCAUCAUAUUAUUCAUUGGACACAUUGAAUUAUUAUUAUUAUUAUUGAUAGAUGAAUGACAUUUGUCCUGGUUAUUACUUCUGUGUAGAGUGAUGUAAAAUCAAUUUGAAAUUAUCCUUGACAUGUCUCCGUUAAACAACGAACCACACAGAAAACUAAAGUGUCUUUACGCUGGAUUUACAUCUAUUGACACUAAACUCGGUAUGAAGACAAUGAAUCAUGCGAUUGAAACUGUUUUAAAGAACACUAAUACACAUCAAUGGUUGCCUGUAAAUAUUACAAUCUCUCCGUCCACUGUGAAUUUGUCUUAUCACAAUUACACUGCUGUAAAUCUUCGAAUUUGUUCAAUUCCAUUUUUUGGAAUAUAUAAUAAAGAUGAAAAAAUUUGCGGGAUUGUUCAACACACAGCUGAUGAUUUAUUCAUAUGUCAUGUAAUAACCUGUCAUACAAACGCUAUGGAACUGUGUAAGACACUUAAAGCAGCUUGUGAAUUACGUUAUCAACAAUGUGUCGACUCAAAAAUGUUUGACAAUAUCAAGUCAAACAUCGAUUCAAUAAAUCAUGUGAAAGUUGACCAAUCAAAUAAGCAGACAAAGAAUAAACAAAUCAUCCUUAUAAAUAUCAUUAAUCAUAUUGAACAAAUGAAAUAUGAAAUAUGUAAACGAAUUAGACAACAUUCAAAUUGGAUUAAAUCAUGUCUGUUGUAUUCAAAUGAUGAACGUCUACUGGAGACAACGAAAACAGACGAUACAAACGACAAUGAUAAUAAUCAUAAUAAUAAUGAACAAGCUACUGCUAAUCUUUAUUAUUCAGCUUAAGGGGAAGAGAAAACCUCAGAGAGGAAGAAGAAGAAAGAGAAGGGAAAAAAGAAUGAAAAGCUUUUAUUUAUCAUUGUUAUUAUUUUUGUCUACAUAUAUAAAAUAUAUUGAAUUUACUCAUUUG